AUGCCACCGAAAAAGAAAGUCGCCGCCGUCCCUGCCGCCAUCAAGGCGAAGAUUGCCGCGAACACGGUCAAGGAACCGACGGACCCGCGAUUUGUUCGCGAACCGAAAAACUUUGGCAUUGGCAACGACAUGAUGCCGAAAACGCCGUUAAACAGAUACGUGAAAUGGCCGAAAUACGUUCGCAUUCAAAGACAACGACAAGUGUUGAAAAAGAGAUUGCGAGUGCCGCCGGCGAUUAACCAGUUCACGAAGACUUUGGACAAGAACAUGGCGACGAACUUGUUCAAGAUGCUCAUGAAGUAUCGCCCGGAGGACAACGCGCAAAAGAAGGAACGUUUGACGGAUAUGGCCAAGGAUGCCGCGGAAGGCAAGGAGUCCGACGUCAAGAAACCAGUUGUUGUCAAGUACGGUAUUAACCACAUCACGUACUUGGUCGAGCAAGGCAAGGCGGAAUUAGUCGUCAUUGCGCACGACGUCGACCCGCUCGAGUUGGUCAUUUGGCUCCCGGCGUUGUGCCAACGCAUGAACGUCCCGUAUUGCAUCGUGAAGGGUAAGGCGCGUUUGGGUGCCGUCGUGCACAAGAAAACCGCCACGGCGUUGGCGUUGACGGCGGUGAAGCAGGAAGACAAGAUGGAGCUUUCUAAGUUAGUCGAAGCGAUCAAGGCGUCGUACAACGAAAAGGCCAAGGAGCACGCGCGAACGUGGGGUGGUGGCGUCAUGGGGGUGAAGUCUCAAGCCAAGACGGCGAAGAGGUUAAGAAAGGUGGCCAAGGAAUUGGGUAGCGCGGACAAGUAA